AUCUCUCCCCCAAAAUUUAGACCUCCAUCCUCCCCCAAUCCUCCUCCCAUCCCAUCCCAUCUUCUCCCCAUAUUCAUCGCGCCUUCUGCCGUCUCCAUCGAUCGUUGCGGCCAAGUCAUCCUCACCAUGCAGCCGCAGUACCGGAACUACCCGCCGCAAGCGCACCACGCGACGCCUACACGGCCGCGAGGGCCAGGUCCCAUUGUACACCACCAGCACCCGGCUGCUCAGCCAUAUGGCAACGCCAACAUGCACGCCGCCGCCGCCCAACGAGCCGAGCAAGAAAAGCGCGACAGAGCGCGGCGCAUGGCCAAAAACCCUACCAACAAGAACAUCCCCGAGGGCGUCGAGGAUAUCUGUAUAGGCGACGGUGUGGCCCGCUACAAGCAGCUGCGCGAGGUCGAGCGCACACUCGAUGCCACCAUGAUGCGCAAAAAGCUCGAAGCCUCGGAUUCCGUCUUCCAGUCCCGCACCGGCCGCACCAGCACCAUGCGCAUAUGGAUUUCCAAUACGGCUGAAAAUCAACCCUGGCAGACCAGCGGCAUGGAUCAGGACACCUUCGAUUUCGACAGCGACACCAAUGCCACAUACCGUGUCAAGAUUCAAGGCCGCCUGCUCGACGAUGACGACGACGACGACGCCGACCUGGAGGGUGGAGAAGACGAGGGAGAAAAGGAUCCUGAUGCCAUGGAAGACGACAGCGCAAACCCAGAAGCCACUAAAAAGACGGACGCCGCCCCCCCAAAGAAGCCAAAGGUCUUUUCGCAAUUUUUCUCCGCCAUCACCAUCGAUUUCGACCGCGCCAAGGCCCUGCAACCAGACAACUUCACGCAGAUCGAAUGGAAGCGACCCGACGGCGCCAACCCCAAAGACAAUCCCUUCUCGCAACUCGAAUUCGAGCGCAAAGGUGACGAAAAUAUCAACGUCACCAUCAACCUCCAGCGCCACCAAAAUCCGGAGAUCUUCCACCUCAGCAAGCCUCUCGCCGAGCUCCUCGAUACCGAAGAGGAAGACCGCGCGGGUGUACUCAUGGGCGUGUGGGAGUACGCGCGCGCAAACGGGCUCCAGCAAGACGACGACGAGCGCAAAUUCGCCUGCGACUCCCGCCUCAAAGCGCUCUUCGGCGGCGCAGACCACUUCUACUUCCCAAGCUUACCCCAGCUCAUCAAGCCGCACCUCUCCCCGCUCCCACCCAUCCAACUCCCAUACACGAUCCGCGUCGACAAGGACUACAUCGCCCCUUCCUCGGACGACUCUUCAUCAACUACAAAACCACCCUCGCAACCGACCGUCUACGACGUCCAAGUCACCCUCGACGACCCGCUCCACCCGCUCCUUCACAGCAUCCUCCGCUCCAAACACAGCACAGAGACCCUGCAGCACAUCCACAACAUCGACCAGCAAAUGGUGCUCCUCGUCGGUGCUCUUGGCAAGUCCAAGGCCAAACACGCCUUCUUCACGAGCAUGUCAAAAGACCCUGUCACUUUUGUCAAGCGCUGGCUCUCAUCCCAAAAGCGCGAUCUCGAGGUUCUGCUCGGCGAUGCUUCUCGUGGCGGUGGCGAGGAUGGUGCGAGCCCGGAGUGGAGACACGGUGGUGCGGAUGGUGUUUGGGGAACGGAUGUUGCCAAAGAGAGUGUCAAUCUGUGGUUGGCCAGAUCGAGCAUCCCCAAGGCUCAUUAA